AUGUCGAAACGCCCAGCGGCAGAAGCUCUCGACGAGCUUUCGGGCGACUCUCCAGCCUCCAAGAAGUCAAGGCUCGAUGAUUACAACAAAAGCCUGACGCCAGCCAGCGCAAUCGAGAACGGGUAUGGAGGCCAUAGCGAAUCUCCCGAGAACGGGGACAGCGAGGCCGGUAGCGGCGAGGAAGCCGAGUUUGACGACGAGCCUGAGGAGAAAGCGCCGAUCCGGCAAUCAGCGCCCACAGAGGGCUACGACGACCUGUACCUCGACACGAUCGACCGGAACGUGCUCGACUUCGAUUUCGAGAAACUGUGCUCCAUUAGCUUAUCCAACAUCAACGUCUACGCCUGUCUGGUAUGCGGGAAGUAUUUCCAGGGCCGGGGCCCCAAGUCGCACGCCUACUUCCACGCGCUCGAGGAAGACCACCACGUCUUUAUCAACAUGAGUACUCAAAAGGUCUACGUGCUGCCAGAGGGAUACGAGGUCAAGAGCAAGUCUCUGGACGAUAUCAAGUAUGUGUCGGACCCGCGCUAUACGCGCCAAGAGGUCAUGGACCUGGACCGCAAGCCGCGCACCUCGUGGACGCUGGGCGGAAAGCAGUACACGCCGGGCUUCGUGGGCAUGAACAACAUCAAAGAGAACGACUAUCUCAAUGUGGUGGUGCAGGCCCUAUCGCACGCAUCGCCGUUGCGAAACUACUUCCUGCUCGAAGACUUUAGCACGUCGACCGAUGAGCUCGUCAAGCGCACGUCAAUCCUGUUCCGCAAAAUCUGGAACCCGCGUGCCUUCAAGGCGCAUGUGUCCCCCCACGAGCUGCUCCAGGAGAUAUCGCUGCGGUCCAACAAGCGCUUCACCCUGACGGCGCAGUCGGAUCCCGUCGAGUUCUUGUCGUGGUUCCUCAACCACCUGCACCUGGGGCUGGGCGGCAGCAAGACCAAGGCCGGGUCCAGCAUGGUCCAGCGCGUGUUCCAGGGCAAGCUCAAGGUGGAGUCGCAGGCCAUCACUGCCAAGGCCGACGCGAGCGACCGGCUGCGCUUCGAGGAGGCGGCCGAGGUGAAAGUCGAUAUCACGCGCUUCCUACUGCUGACGCUGGACCUGCCGGCGGCGCCCCUAUUCCAGGACGAGCUCGAGCGCAACAUCAUCCCCCAGGUGCCACUUACGACCAUCCUGACGAAAUACAACGGCGUCACGGCGCAGGAACUCAACGCGCAGCGCAAGCGCUACCGGCUCGUGCACCCGCUGCCGCCGUUCCUCAUGUUCCACGUCAAGCGCUUCAGCCAGAACAAGUUCGUCUCGGAGCGCAACCCCACCAUCGUCACCUUCGACGCCCACAACCUUGACGUGUCGCCCUACGUCGAGCCGGACCCGGCCCAGCACCCCCCGGGCGAGCCAAUCUGGUACGACCUCGUGGCCAAUGUAGUGCACGAGGCAGUGCGCGCCAAGGACGAUGUGGCCGACAGCGGCGAGGAGCGCAAAACGUGGAAGGUCCAGCUGCGCGACAAGGCCACUGACGAGUGGGUCGUCGCCCAGGAUCUGUUUGUCGACAAGAUCCGCAGCGAGCUGCUCUACCUCGGUGAGGCCUACCUCCAGAUCUGGGAGCGGAGGAGGGAGCCGCCAUCGCGGCAGCUGCCAUCCCGAACCGCGAAGGGGAAGGCCAAGGCUUGA